AUGGAAGUAAUGAAUCGACUUAUUCCUGACCAAAGCUAUGAGACAGAUGUACGCCCUGACAAUAUUUUAUUAGAUAUUAAUAACAAUGAGCUUGUUUUUGCUGACUGGAGAUUAGCAAUCAGAUACUCUAAUAAUAAUGGUAUAGUAGAAUAUGCAGGAACAAUUUUAUUUUCUUCGCCAAAUAUUUUAAACAACAAUUUUGGUUCUUAUAUUCCCAAAGCAUUUGAUGACUUAUAUUCUUUUAUAUGUACAAUUUAUAUUUUACGUAAUCCAUCAAAAAUGCCAACUAUUCCUGAUGGGAACUUAAUAUUGAAAGCAAAAGUAAUUAGAGAAUACUGGGAUAAUAAG